UACAUAAUCUGUUUUUUUAAGCAAGAUGUUUGAUUAGUAUUUUAAUGAAUGUUUUAGAAAUUUCGAAUAUCUCGUAAUAUAGUAUAGUAUACUAAAAUGGAUUCAGCGGACGAAGAAGAAUUAUUAUUUUUAAGUAUGAGUAUAGCCUACAUACAGCAAAGAAGGAAACCCAGAUUAUGGGUGCGCAACUUUUUUAAGAAGAGGGAAACCCAUGGUGUUUGCAGUUCUCUUUACAAUGAUUUAGUUAUUCAAGAUGCAAUAGGUUAUAAAAAUACUUUACGAAUGUCGCCAGAAGAUUUGGAAAUUUUAUUGCAAAAAGUAUCCCCAAAAAUUACAAAACAUGACACGAAUUUUAGACAGGCUAUUUCACCAAAGGAUCAGUUGUUAGUGACUCUACGUUAUCUGGCAACUGGGGACACAUAUACAGCUUUGAUGUUAAUAAGCAGAAUCUCAAAAACUAAAAUAAGUGUAUUUGUACCUGAGGUUUGUAAAGCUAUUGUACAGGUGCUAGCUGACUAUGUCAAAAUGCCAACAACUACAGAGGGAUGGGAAGAUAUUGCACAAAAUUUUAAAUUAAAAUGGAAUUUACCUCACUGCAUAGGUCAUAUAGACGGCAGGCAUAUAGAGAUGAUUAGGCCCAAGAAUGGGAAUGAUUAUCUUAAUUAUAGAAAAAAUUUUAGCAUUGUACUCUUAGGUCUAGUUGAUGCUAAUUAUAAUUUCCUAUAUGCAGAUGUUGGAACACCGGGUAAAAUAUCAGAUAGUGAAGUUUUUAACAGUAGUAACUUAUACAGAUCAUUACAAAAUAAUACAUUAAAUUUGCCACCACCCAAACCAUUACCAGGAAGAACCCAACCUUCCCCUUAUGUUAUAAUUGGUGAUGAUGCAUUUGCACUUAGCAAACAUUUAUUAAAACCUUAUUCAUACUAUCAGAUAAAUGGGCACCCAGAGAAGAUGUUCAACUACAGGUUAAACCGGGGUAGAGUGGUUGUAGAAAAUGCUUUUGGCAUUCUUUCUGCACGCUUUAAAGUACUACGUCAAUCUAUUUUAGUUUCCCCCCAAAAAGCAUCUACAAUUGUACUAGCUUGUGUAUACUUGCACAACUUUUUAAGGAAAAGUGAAAAGUCACACUAUUUGUACACUCCAUCUGGAUCACUAGAUGAAAUUAAUCCAGUCAGUGGGGAAAUCACAUUAGGAACUUGGAGAGAUAGAAAUCAAGGCAUGAUUUCACUACAAAGAGUACCGAGCAUGGAUUGUGCUGAAGGAGUUGCAGUGCGUGAAGAAUUUAAAGCCUUUUUUAUGACAUAGGAAGAGGUGAAUGUUGCAUUAAUGAAAUAUAUGAAUAUUGUAGUUAAAAUUCAGCAAUGUGCUCCAAAAUGUAUCAAUGUUCAAUGAAGCAAGCUAUGGUCAGACUGCUUUAUCUAUUUAUAUGUAGCUA